AUGCGCAAGUCGGCGACAACAAUUCUUCCACGUUCAUCAUCGACCAAUUUAUCUUCUAUUCAACAAAAAAGUCAUCCGUCAACAACAACAACAACAGCACGAUUGCCACAUAGUACAAGUCAUUAUGAUUGUCGAAGACUACUACCCACUCAACCGAUUCGUCCACGAAUGAACUUUUCCACAAGUGCAACUACAAAAGAGCUAUCUCGUUUGGAACCUAUACUCAAUCAUGACACCGAUUCGUUAAAAAUUGGCGAUCGAAUCUAUGUGAAUGGCCAAUGGUCGGGUAUUAUAUUAUACAUUGGUGAAACAACGUUAGGGCCUGGUGAUUGGGCGGGAGUGAUAUUGGAUGAUCCAUCGUUUGGCAAAACGAAUGGAAUCGUACGUGGCCGGUGUUAUUUUCAAACAACGAAUAACCGAGGCAUAUUUUGUCGCUUAACUAAAGUUACUCGAGUGAAACUUUUAUCCAAUGAACAAAAUUGA